ACUUGGAAGAUCGUACUUUAGUUUCUAUCAGUUUCACCAUUGUCUUCUACUGUAGAUAAGUCCUCCUUCCUCUGAUCAAUUUUAGAAGAAGGCUGCAAUUAGUAAUAUUGAAUCCCAAAAUGCUGACUCUCACCAUGUUCUUCAUCUCACUCUUCCAUCUCCUCCUCCCGACAACCGCCACCUUCGCCUACAAUGCCACUGACAUCAUCCUCCUCGACUGCGGUGCACCGUCCAACACUAGAUCAACAUUGGAUGGCCGCAACUGGGUUGCCGAUAUCAGCUCUAGAUAUUCCCCCUUCAAUGAUCAAAACUCAUCAAUUUCUUCCAAAGCCUCCCACCAAUACUCUUCGGUUCCCACAGUUCCAUACCUCUCUGCACUCAUCAUUAAAUCUAAAUUCAACUACAGCUUCCAUGUCUCCCCUGGCCCAAAGUUCCUUCGUCUUUACUUCUACCCAGAAAAAUACUCCACUUUCAACGUGGCCACUUCCUUUUUCUCCGUUACUGCCAAUAGCUACACCCUCCUGAAAAAUUUCAGUGCGCAUAUGCAUCUGAUGACCAACGAGGACUUCUUGAUCAAAGAAUUCGUUGUUCCUGUGUGGGACAAUGAGAUUCUUAAUGUUACUUUCAUCCCUUCUUCGAACUCUUAUGCUUUCAUUAACGGUAUUGAAAUCGUUUCCAUGCCAAGCGGCCUCUACCUAAGCGGUAGGGAAAUCCCACUCGUGGCUGGAGUCGUUGGCAAAUCCUUCUCUUUGGAUAAUAUAACCACCUCACUUGAGACUCUUUAUCGGCUGAACGUUGGCGGAAUCCGCAUUGAGAAUGUGAAGGAUACAGGAAUGUAUCGAACUUGGGGUCAAGAUGAAGGUUACCUUGUCGGAUCAGACUGGACUAGUCCACUUUUGAACAAAUCCAAGCCGCUUCAAUUUACAGCAAGCACACCGGCAUACACCGCACCUGAGGAAGUUUACACUACUUCGCGUAUGAUGAGCAACGAUUCUUCGUUCAAUUCGAAAGCCAGCAUGACCUGGAAGUUCUCUGUUGAUGCGGGGUUCUACUACCUCGUCAGGCUUCAUUUCUGUGAGCUUUUAAAGGAGGUCACAGGCCCUGGUCAACAUGUCUUCGACAUAUUCAUCAACAAUCAAACAGCGGAAAAAUGCAUAGACGUGUUUUCUAUGAGCGGCGGCAAUGGAUUUCCGAUGUACAUAGAUUAUAUUGUUAUGGCUGACAAUGGGAUGCAAGGAAAGGACCUCUGGCUAGCGCUGCACCCUCAAAACGCAGUAUAUGUUGAUUCCUUUUUGAAUGGUUUAGAGAUUUUUAAACUGAAUCAAUCUGAUGGUAACCUAGCUGGACCUAAUCCUGACCCAAUUUCUAGUCCUGCACCUCCGGUCUGGCACCAAAGAGACGAAGAAAACUGAAGAACAGAUCAAAGUUGUUUACCAUGAAAACCUCCCCCUCGUUACCUUCCA